GAAAACUGGUGGGUCAAGUCGUAACAGCAACAGACACAGAGAGAUAGAGAGAGAAGCAGAGGCGCGCGAUCUCUCUAUCGACUCCGGCGGGUUCUCAAGGCCUCUUCCACCUCUGCUCCUUCUCUAAUACGGCGUCGUUUUUGCUCCCCGAGCUUUAAAUAUAAGGCUGAGAAGGAUUUAGAGGCUUCGAUUGCGAGAGAGAGAGAGAGAGAGAGAGAGAGAGAGAGAGAGAGAGAGAAAUGUCGAAGAAGAAGGUGAGCGGGAACACCAUGACGCUCAAGGACUUUCACGGCGGCUCUAUCCCCUCCGAUCUCCCUCUCCCCUCUGCUCCCGGUGUAGUUGUUAGGCCGACGGAUCGUCAAGGUUAUGACCGGCCGGCCACCUGGGGCAACCCGAUGGGGCGGCCGGAUCACCGGUCCCGGCCGCACACGUCACCAGCUACCAGGCACUUUGAUGACAAGACUCCGUUUCUGGCGCACUCUGUACACAUUGGCCGGAACUUUGAUGAGGAUGAGCGGAAGCCGCUGGACGGCGUGUCGGCGCCGCGCCGCACUAUAAGUGAGGACAGCGUGAGGGCGGUGCCAGCGUGUACCAAGGCGAAACAGCCAGUUUUUUCUUCCCCUGGGGGAGUGUCUGGCGUGCAGGGAUGGGGUGCAGCACCGCUGUCACCCAGGGGAGGAGGGAGUAGUUACUCGGAGAGGGUUAGCGAGGCGGCACAGAGUGGGAGUGGUAAUGGUGGGCGUGGCGGUGGCGGUGGUGCUCAGCCGAAUGCGUGGGUGGUGAGGAAAGAGAUGGCGGGUGUUACUGAGCCGGUGCAAGCUGUGUGGUCCGGACAGAGUGCUGUUGUGAAGCUGGCUCAUGCGAGUGCGCUUGAGAAGGUGUCUUCUGGAAGAUGGCAGUCAAAGCCUUCAAUUGAGUAUCAGGCAAAUAGUAUGGAGGUUGCUAGGUCGGUCGAGACGGAGAGUGGUGUACAUUCUAGGGGUUAUGGUAGUGACGGGAGGAUGGAUGUGAUAGUUGAGCGGCAAAACUAUGAUCCCAGCUUGGCAAGACAAAUGGAAAGAGGUCUAAAAAUUGAUGAUGGCAUUCAGAAUGCUAGGAAAGAGUUACCGGAUUACGAGAGGGCUAGGGGGCCUAUCAUUUCAGAAGUAUUAAAAGAAAGGAACCCAGUAGUUAGGAAGGAGUUACCUGAUUAUGAGAGGGGUAGGGCACCCAUGGUUUCAGAUGUAAGAGAAAGGAAGCCAAUUGUGUAUAGUAACAGGGCUCAACCUGCUCAAUCAGAUGAUAGAUAUGUGCAGCCGGAAGUUCAGCCCUUUGCUUCUUCAGAACCCGUAGAGCGCCCUAAGUUGAAGUUACUUCCGAGAACUAGGCCAGUGGAACAUUUGGAAGAUCCAGUUGGUGAUCAGACACAGGAGUACCAGCAACCUGUUUAUGUUGAAACUGUCAAUGAAGCGUAUGGAAAUAUGAAUUAUACGAAACCUGGUUCAGCAGGCUCUGAGACUGGGAAACUGGCUGUGGAGCGUCCAAAAUUGAAUUUAAAGCCCCGGUCUCAACCUCUUGAACAAUUGGAAGUAAUUGCUGAAAGAGAGAGGAAUGCGUUGUUUGGUGGUGCUCGCCCUCGAGAACUGGUUCUGAAGGCACGAGGUGUUGAUGAUGUUGUGAUUAACAAUUCUGACUUGGUUCAGCAUUCUGAAAAGGUUGAACAUCAUGUUCCCAGGGUUGAAAAUCAUGUUUCAAGAGCUGACCAUCAUGUGCUGAGGGCUGAACAUCAUUCUCCAAAGCUUGAUAGAGGUCCUGGGCAUGUAAAUCCUACUCGCCACCCUGACAAAGCUGACAAUCAGUCUUUUGAUCAGAGAACCGGAAAUAAAUUUGAUAGGAGGGAUAAUCAAGUUGAGAGAGUGGAUUUGCAGAAGAGGAACUGGCGUAAUGAUGGGAGGAAGAACAAUCGAGAGACUGAUAGGCAGCAGCCACAACAGUCGGAGAGGCCACCAUCACCAGAGACCUGGCGGAAGCCUGAACUGCCAAAACCAUCAUCUCCUGAUGGUGCUAGCCUGCACCGUGGAAAAGCAGCUUCAGCUCUUGAGCUUGCGCAAGCAUUUUCAAGAUCAGUGUCAGAUCCAAAGUUAAAUGAUCGGAUUUCUAACCAAAGGGGCAUUCCUACCCGCGGUCAAGUACCUUUUUCACGGCUGAUGGGCCCAACCCCAAGGCCUCAGAUAAAUGGUUACUAAGUGCCUCCAUGAUUCUAUGUCCUUCUGGUGUAGUUCAUGGUAUACAGAUUCAGAGUUUUACGGGUGAUUCUAUUCAGAUGAAGUCUGCUGGAUGAAAGAAGACAGAGAUUCCCUAGCAAGAGUAGUGCCUCAACCAGAUAUUUCCAGUUUCAUCGGAACAAAUACUGCCAUACAAAACUGCUUGCAAUCUUCUAGCCUGAGUGGUGUCUUUGUCCCUGCAACAUGUUGUUUUCAUAUUAAUUUCUCUUAUCUUUUUCCGGGUUAUCACCAUUGUCAACUGUAUUUGCUCUCACCUUAAGAAGUGCUCUAUUGCCUAUUUUAUUUAAAAAAAAUGAGGCCAGUGUAGCAAGAGUUAAAUUAUAGAUUUUUUUUAUCUAAUGAGUCAGUUUAGAAGUGUGGAAAUAUUGUGAUCAGUUGCUUUUACAAUUUUCUAGGAAAUAUCUAAUUUUACUUCAUUCUUGUUCUGUU